AUUUUUUUCCCAACUCGUAAUGUAUUUAAUUCAAGUGAAACGUAAUCAUGACGUGUCGUGUCAUUAAUCUCCUCGCCGCCUCUCCCAAAAUCAAAGGAGGAGGCUGCCACAGAAGUGUGUCCCCCAUCAGCCGAGACACUAAAGAAUGGCAUAAUAUCACACACACUGCUGAGGAUGGAUUCUCCGCCAGAGUGUGUGUUGUCUCUUUCUUGUGAGCAGCCCCAGUCUCCCCCAACAUUGCCGUCCCUGGACCACAGCCCCCAGGCGUCAUCUCCUCACACCCAGCUCUCUCUACCUGACAGCCCUGUCGUCCUGCCCAUCCACAGCCCCGAACCUUCUCCUCAGAGCCCAGACACCACGCCUUAUUUCCCCCUCUCUCCCUUCCCCCUCCACGAGGACAAUAACAACAAUCACCACGAUGUUGAUGAAGAAGAUGACGAGGAAGGGCUGGAUGGAGUUCCUCCAUCCCCGACCCCAGCAGUGGCUUUGUUCCCAGGAGGAGGGGGACAAGAAGCUGGAUGCAGCCCUUGUUUGGAUACCUCUCCCCCAGCUACGCCAUCAGCACCACUCCUUGGGUUUGGAGCCCUUGAGCUGGCCCUCUCUUCAGGGCAGAGUGGAAACUGCAACGACGAGCUAGACCUCCAGCUGUUCCAGAAGGAUACUGUUACCAGGGCGAUACCUGGAGUGGGAGGGGCCUCAUCAGGGCCUGCGCUGAGGUUUCCCUGUCACGUAUGUGGGAAGAGAUUCCGAUUCCAAAGUAUUUUGUCUCUUCACGCCCGAGCUCACAGUCUGGACAGAGACCGCCGGGCUUCAGCUCUCUACCGGACUGGACUCCCCUCAGCACCCCUAAAGCAGCAACUCAAGGUCCAACAGAACCACAAAGACAUAAUCCAGAAUCACAGAGGUCACACAAACCAGCGUUUACUGCCAGGGACUCUCAUCCAGCAUCUCACAGAAGAAGAGGAUGUUGAUGGUGAGGUCAAAGGUUUAGAUGAGGGCCUACAGACAGACCACAAUCCAAACUUUUUGCUGGAUGACAGCACACCAUUGACCCCUCCACUGACAGAGGAUCCUGUUUCUGUGACCUCUCCCUAUUCUUCUACCACUGGGGAGGGCGCAUCUACGCCCACAGCGCCUACAUUUCGCUGCCAUGCCUGCAAAGGAAAAUUCCGCACAGCUUCGGAGUUGGCGCGACAUGUCCGCAUUCUCCACAACCCGUAUAAAUGCACUCUUUGUCCUUUCUCUGCCAGCCAAGAAGAGAGCCUGGCAUCUCACUUGCAGGAGUGCCACCCUUCUCCUGAGGUACCUGCUCUACCGCCGUCCUUCAAUUCCAGGCCAAUUAUUGCGACCCCCGACACCCCUGUGCCCACACCGACCCAUACCCCAGCCCCAGCACCAAGCACCCCACAGAUGACAUCAGCUGCUACAGGGGCUGCAGCCUCUUCACUGCCAGCAUUUCGCUGUGAUACAUGUGGACAGCGCUUUACCCAGUCUUGGUUCCUCAAAGGACACAUGCGAAAGCACAAGGACUCCUUGGACCAUAAGUGCCAGGUAUGCGGCCGUGGUUUUAAGGAGCCUUGGUUCCUCAAAAAUCACAUGAAAGUACAUCUCAAUAAGCUUGGGCUGAAAGCUGGACUGGGAACUCUUGGGGGACCAGGUGCUGAGCAGCAGGCCAAAGGCUCUGCAAGUAAUCAGUCUCUGAAUGCCCUCUACUCCAGCCUCCUUCUGGCCCAGCGAGGAGGUGGCAGAGGUGGACAAGGAAGGUCAGAGAGAGACACUGGAGGCAGAAUGGGUAUGGGCUCGAGCAAAUCAGCCAUCCUGGGCUACCUGGGGCUGCCCAGUGAUGGUAGUGGGGCCAGCUGCAUGGAGAGACUUCAGGCCGUGGCUCAGGUGGCAGAGAUGGGAAACGGUGGUGGUGGGAUUAGCGGCCCAGGAGGAGGGGACCCAGGAAGAGGAGGGGGAGCGGCAAGGGGCACAGGUGACACUGCAGCAUCGGUAUCUGAAGGAGGGGACCAGGCAACUUGGUGGCAACUGGUGGCUCGCAGCCUGGCAGUUGCUCAGCAGCAGCAGCAGCAGCAGCAGAGACCCCACCAGCGAGGCCAGCAGCAAGGUCAGCGAGGCCCGAGUCGGAGCUCUGUGAUCACUGAGGCUGAUCAAGUCAGAGCCUACCUUGGAGGCCUGGAUCCAAGGGAGGAGUCUGGAGGCGCAGGAGGGCCAUGGGAAUGCCCUGACUGCGGAAAGCUCUUCCGCAGUUUGCAGCAGGUGGUGGUUCAUGCUCGCGUUCACACUCAGAGACCCCAGAAAGGAGGUGGUGGAGAGGAGGAGGGAAGUGGUAGUCGUAGAGGAGUGGGGCUAGGAAGAGGAGGCAGCGGCGAAGUGAGACAGGAAUCUCAGCUACACAGCGGCGGAUCCCAACAAACGGGAGAAGUGAGACAGGAAUCAAAACUGCACAGUGGUGGAUCGCAACAAGCAGGAACAACUACAGGGUUUCACUCAGUCAUCUCAAGUUUCAAAGGAGAAAACGGUUUGACAGCAGUCUCCUCCAUACCUUCAGUUCCCAUCAGGGAGCGAGUGCGCGGCAGAGGGAUAAAAGAUUGCCCCUACUGUGGUAAAGCCUUCCGCUCUUCACACCAUCUCAAAGUGCACCUGAGAGUUCACACAGGUGAGAGACCCUACAAAUGUCCCCACUGUGACUAUGCGGGUACCCAGUCAGGCUCGCUGAAGUACCACCUCCAGCGGCACCACAGGGAGCAACGCAACGCCUUGUCAGCCUCCUCCAAUUCCUCCUCUGCCGGUCUCACCUCCACUAUCAACAAUUUGACCUCCGGAACCUCUGGGCAAGGCAAGCAGCGCCGAUCCCAAAUCAACCACAGCCCAGUCAAUCGAGGCCCGACAGACAGCCCCUCCUCUCGGCCGAGCCAACAGUCCUGGCUUCUGGGGCUUCCAGACCAGCGGGAGCAUCGAAAGGCCUUGGCAGCUCUAAGGGAUGUUGACUUGGAGACCCAGUACAGGUAUCUGUCUGGGGUGAUGGGAGCCCUUUACCAAGGUGGAAUGGAAGGAGGCUGGAUUAGGGAGUCUCCCCCUCCGAAGGCCCCUAAAGUGUCCCGGCGUAAGCCCCUUACUACUAGCCGAAUGGUUCAGCCAUCAAAUGACAAGGAAGGGCCUGCACCUUCAACUCACGAGGGUGGGUUUGAACCCCUGGAUCUGUCCCGUCGUCCAUCACCUGGCCUUGGAGGGAUUGAAGAAGAUGGAGUCAUGAGCGUAGGGGAAGGAGGAGGUGUCGAUGGAGGUGAUAGUUCAUCAGGGGUCAAACUGAGCCAGUGUUUGUUCUGCCCUUUCCGUACGUCCUCAGCAGAGCUGAUGGCCAUGCAUCUCCAGGUCAAUCACACCAGUAAGUCCAGGCGCAAAAGAGGCUCUUCGACUACCGUAGAUGAUGAUGGAGCCCCUAAGGCCACCAAGCCCCGAACGGAUCACUCCGACCUUGAUUCCUUGGGGAUAUGGAGGCAUGUAAGUGAGGCUGAGUCCCAGGCACCCCUGGGGGAAUGGUCCUCAUCCCAGGCCCAGACCCUCAACGGGCUCUCUGAGGAUAAAACAGAACAUCUGGAUGAUGUUCUUGACCACCCAGACUCCAACAUGGCCUCAGUAUCCAAGAAUGUAAGAGACGGUCUGGGAUUCAAGGAGAAGCUGGAGAUGGAGGAGGAAGACCAAGAGGAGGAAUUGGAAGAGAAUUUGGAAAACAGCAGUCUGGAGGAUUCGCAGGACCAGGAUCUGAGGAUGUCCCUCGUGCUUUCACCAACCCCGAGCUCCAACUACAUGGUAGGAGAGGAGGAUAGAGUCUUAACAGAUUAAAGCUAUUAUGGAUAACACCAUUUAAAUGGGAGAGUUGGGUUUAAUGUUUUCAACUACAUUUGCCACAAAAGAAGAAGAAUAGGUGGGAAGCUUUGCAGAAAGAAAAGGGUUUUAAGGUUAAAUGAAGAUUUAUACUUUAAUUUCAAGAGAGACGUGAGGAGUCUUGAAAGCAAAUUUCAGAGGGGUUUGAAAAGGAUGGCGACGAAAAUCACAGCUGUUAUGUUCCCUCCGAAAUUAUUUGUCUUCUUCAGUUCUGACAGUGUGGUCCACCACAAAAUACAGUGAACUUCCUGUACAAAAGAGCAUGGAUGCAUCUUUUCAGGAUUUUGUAGGCCACUUUUUCUAUUUUUUUUUCAACCUUCACUCCAAGAUGGAUGAUUUUUAAGAUGAUCUCCUAUUUGAUAAAUGAAAGAAAUAGAUCUCGGGCAGAGCCUGCAUCAUUCCAGAGUGCGUUGCAAUGCAUUUAUUCCACACUUUUAAUGGACUGUAUCUCCCAGACUACUAUACUGACCAAGGUGAAGCCAGCUGUGAAGAGAUGCUCUCCUGACUGACCAUUGAACAGUUUGAAACCUUAAGCUUCAAGUUCCUCCUCAACCCAUGCAGACAUGGAGGAAAGAUUAGUCUAGAAACGUUUCAAGCUGUGAACCUCAGCUAAGCUAUUUGGUAUUAAAUUAAGGCAUGAGGUAACUGUUGCAGGCCAUGUGCUUUCUCUCAACUGUAUAUCACUGCCUUGUUUGUCUGAAAAGUGUUUCUAGAUGAUUGUCCUAAAGAAAAACAGAAAGAAAAGUUUGUAAUAUUUUUUUUUUUUUCAGUUAGUGCCUGUUCAUGUACUGUAUGUUAUCAAGAGAGUCUCUGGUAUUCCUGCGCAUCAAGGCUCUGCUAGGUCAUUCAUUUUAUCUGAAUAUACAGUUUAAAACAAUUUAAGUACAGUAUAUUUGUUAAAAGUGGUUCUAGGUUGUUGUGAAUAGUUAAGUUGUAAAAGAAAUGCUACAUCGUAGCGUGAUGUCCUUGACACAGACGGCAGCCGUUUGUGGCUCAGCCUAAAAACAAAAACGUAGGUGAUGUAUAAUGCAAUGAAAGAGGUCAAAGGCUAAGCGAUAAAAAAAAAGGGGCCACGGUUCAAAAUUCAGUGUUUACAGUGGUGCCGGAUGUGGGUUGGGGCUGCCAAGGCAACUCAAGGUCAUCGUAGACUUAUGGAAGAGAACAAACCACAGAGCGGGAGUCUGUUUGAGGGCCGUAGGGACGUCGCUCGAGCCCCCGAACACAAUCAACUGACACAUCGUUUUAAAGAGACUGAGACUUAGCAACUGUGU